AUGCCCAGCACUUUCCCACGGCACGGCAUAACCUUCUGGCGGCACCGCUCGACUAAGUCGGCCUUGCAUGAUCCGGCAAGCAAGUCCGCUUCGUCGUCUCUCCUUCCUCCCUCAGAGGUACCCUCCAUGGCAAGACUGCCGACUAAGAUUAUUCUGCGGUCGCUGGUCCUGACAUCUCUCAUGUCAUCCAAACUACUCCUCAAGCCGUCCCUUGCUGCACUGGAUAUCAUCACGAACUCAAAGUCAGCCAUCCUCAACCCGGACCGCAAUAGGAUCCUUAAUAAAAUCAUUCGCUGGACUGUAUACGAUCACUUCUGCGCCGGAACAAACCGCCAGGAAGUCUCCAAGACAGUUGCAGAUAUCAAGAAAAUCGGAUAUCAAGGAGUUAUUUUGGGUUAUUCAAAGGAGAUCACCGUUGACCCGACUGAUGCUGUGGUCCAUGAUGGAUCUGGCACGAAAGUAUAUAGCGAUCGAUGCUAUGAAAUUGUGGAAGAGUGGAAGAAGGGGACAUUAAAAACUUUACGUAUGGUUGGGGCGGGUGAUUAUCUGGCAGUCAAACUCACAGGUGCCGGUCCUAUUUGUAUCGACGCUAUGGCAGAGAGAAAGCCUAUGCCUCAGGUCGUGGCAAAGGCAAUGGAUGAUAUUUGCCUUGCUACCCGAGAGCAAGGAUCACGUUUGUGGCUGGACGCUGAACAGCAGGUCCUCCAGCAUGGACUCGAUGACUGGGCUAUUCAGAUCAUGAAGAAGCAUAAUAAUUCUGGCCCGCCACUACAUCCGAGGGGGGGCUUUGGAGUGGGAAUCAAGCUCGUCCGAGGAGCAUACAUUGAACAUGAAAUUCGUUCUCUCAUCCACGACACCAAGGAAGAAACAGAUCAGUCGUAUGAUCUUAUCGCAGACACAAUGAUAUGUCAACGAAUGCCCGAGGGCUCUAAGCUCGAUUUCCCGAAUGCUGCUCUCUUCCUCGCCACACAUAACGCUGCUAGUGCUGUCAAGGCAAUUGCUGUACACCAAAAGCGACUCCUUGCAAACAAACCCACCAUCCCACUAGAGUGUGGACAGGUCCAGGGGAUGGCAGAUGAGCUGAGUUGCGAGUUGGUGCAAAACUAUGAGCGAGCUAUGGAGCAGUCUAGAGAAGCAGAUAUGCCAGUUCCGAAGGCAUUUAAGUGCAUGGUCUGGGGCUCUGUUGCAGAGUGCAUGCAAUACCUUCAUCGUCGGUCUAUCGAGAAUAAGGGUGUAGUUGAGAGAACCCAGCAUAUGGUAACUGCUUUGAAAAAAGAGCUUCGGCGCCGAAUUUUUGGUUGA